AUGGACGAAAUAAUGUCAACCACGCAGGGAAUGAUCUCUCGCGGGGCCGAAUCGGAGCUCGGAGACUUCAGGCUUUACAGAUAUACCCCGUCUCUCCUGGCGGCUGCCAUCUCCGCAGGUGUAUUUGCCAUCUUGACCAGCCUGCACGCGUGGCGCAUGAUGAGAGCUCGUACGUGGUACUUCGUCGCAUUUACCACUGGAGGCGUCUUCCAAGUUCUCGGUUACUGCGGUCGAAUAUGGUCACACUACGAUGACAUGGCUAUCGGAGGCUUCGUUAUCCAGGCCAUCCUCAUUCUCGUCGCACCAGCCCUCUACGCUGCAUCCAUCUACAUGAUCCUCGGCCGACUUAUUCGAGCGCUGCAUGCCCAGCACCUUUCCCUUGUCCCCGUCGAGUGGCUCAGCAAAAUAUUCGUUACAGGCGACGUCAUCUCCUUCACGAUGCAGGCCGGCGGCGGUGGCGUCCAGUCCGCCGGGAGCCUAGAACUGUACGAAAUUGGAGAGAAGCUCAUCAUUGCGGGUCUUUGGGUUCAGAUCAUCAUCUUUGGCCUAUUCAUGGUCACCGCAGUCAUCUUCCACUACCGCCUGUCCCGGAGCCUUACAUCACGAGCGGCGUCUGGGGAGAUCACCUGGGAGCGAUAUCUCUAUGUGCUCUACGGCGCCAGCACUCUCAUUCUCGUCCGAAGCGCCUUCCGCGUUGUUGAGUACCUGCAGGGAAACGGCGGGUACCUCAUCUCGCACGAGAUUUUCCUCUAUCUCUUUGAUGCGGCCCUCAUGGCUGCUGUCAUGGCGGUCUUUUUGGUCUGGUAUGUCGAGGCGCUUGCCCCUGAUGUUUCGUACAAGCAGCAAAACGAUCAGGACCUCAGCGAGCAUCCAUUACGCGAUUUCUCUUAGACGUUUCAUUUGUUGUAGCAACGGAUUCAUGAUAGAAAAAGGUGUGCCGAGCGGCUCCUUGUGUUCAGUUCUCUUGGCAUUGGUUAUUCCUG